CAGUCMCUAGUACUCACUACUCUUCAAGAGGGGAGGGGACAGCGACAGUCUUUGAGCGAAGUGGUCGGACAGUGCACGGUCAUAGGAAGCCAUCCAGCCAGUGAGUAGUGUAGCUACGGAAGCGCUAGUUAGCACACAUUUUCGUCAGCGGUUGGCGCAACAACUGAGCGAGCAACCACUAGUCUCUGUCUCGUGCUAUCUGGAAGACCGAGGAGGAGAGUUCAUUCCGCUACACUCAUCCAUGGCUSUGUGCAACGGAGAUACCAAGCUGGACAUCAGCAGCGUUGAGCCUCAGAAUGGUUCAUGUGAGGGSGCGGUGGUYAUCCUGGACGCCGGGGCUCAGUACGGCAAGGUGAUUGACAGGCGGAUCAGAGAGCUGUUUGUCCGCUCAGAGAUCCUCCCACUAGAGACGCCAGCCUUCGCCAUCAGAGAACAAGGCUUCAGAGCGAUCAUCAUUUCUGGUGGUCCUAAUUCUGUGUAUGCUGAGGAUGCCCCCUGGUUUGACCCUGCCAUAUUCACCAUUGGAAAGCCUGUCCUGGGUAUCUGCUAUGGAAUGCAGAUGAUGAAUAAAGUUUUUGGAGGAACAGUACACAGGAAGAGUGUGAGAGAGGAUGGAGUGUUCAACAUCGGACUGGACAACACCUGUUCUCUCUUCAGGGGCCUUAAGAAGGAGGAGCUGGUGCUGUUGACUCAUGGGGACAGUGUGGACAAGGUGGCCGAUGGCUUCAAGGUGGUUGCCCAGUCAGGAAGCAUCAUUGCGGGUAUUGCCAACGAGCAGAAGAAGCUGUAUGGGACCCAGUUUCACCCGGAAGUGGACCUGACGGAGCGGGGACCAGAUAUAUUACGUAACUUCCUGUUUGAGAUCGCCGGCUGCACCUCCAACUUCACUGUCCAGAACCGCCAGCAGUCCUGCAUCACAGAGAUUCAGGAGAAAGUUGGCAAGUCCAAAGUACUGGUUCUGCUGAGUGGCGGGGUGGACUCCACGGUGUGUACGGCACUGCUGAACAAAGCUCUGAACCAGGAGCAGGUCAUCGCGGUGCACAUCGACAAUGGCUUUAUGAGGAAGAGAGAGAGCCAGAGCGUUGAGGAGGCCCUCACCAAACUGGGCAUCAACCUCAAAGUGGUUAACGCAGCACACACCUUCUAUAACGGCACAACGACCCUGCCCAUCUCCGACGAGGACCGGACGCCACGGAAACGCAUCAGCAAGACCCUCAACAUGACCACCAACCCUGAGGAGAAGAGGAAGAUCAUUGGAGACACCUUCGUCAAGGUGGCCAAUGAGGUGAUAGGGGAGAUGAACCUGAAGCCGGAGGAGGUGUUCCUAGCCCAGGGCACCCUAAGGCCAGACCUCAUAGAGAGUGCUUCUCACCUCGCCAGCGGCAAGGCAGAGGUCAUCAAAACACACCACAACGACACAGAACUCAUCCGCAAGCUCAGAGACGAGGGAAAAGUCAUUGAGCCGCUGAAGGACUUCCAUAAGGAUGAGGUUCGGGCACUGGGCAGAGAACUGGGACUGCCAGAGGACAUCGUCUGUCGACACCCUUUCCCUGGUCCUGGCCUGGCCAUCAGAGUGAUCUGUGCAGACGAGCCCUACAUCUGUAAGGACUUUGCUGAGACCAACAACAUCCUCAAGAUCAUCACAGACUUCUCUGCCAUGGUCAAAAAGCCCCACACGCUGCUGCAGAGAGUGAAGUCGUGUAUAUCAGACGAGGAGGAGGAGAAACUCCUGCAGAUCACAAGUCUACAUUCACUCAAUGCCUUCCUGCUGCCAAUCAAGACUGUGGGAGUCCAGGGUGACUGUCGGUCCUAUAGCUAUGUGUGUGGGGUCACCAGUAAAGAGGCUCCACACUGGGAAUCCCUCAUGUUCCUGGCCAGACUCAUCCCUCGCAUGUGCCACACCAUCAACAGAGUUGUGUAUGUAUUUGGGUCCCACGUGAAGGAGCCCCCCACAGACAUCACCCCCACCUUCCUGACCACGGGCGUUCUCAGCACACUCAGACAGGCSGACUUCGUGGCCCACUCCAUCCUCAGAGAGUCUGGUUACUCUGGGAAGAUCAGCCAGAUGCCGGUCAUCCUGACCCCGCUGCACUUUGACCGCGAUUCCUCACAGAGGCAGCCGUCCUGCCGACGCUCUGUGGUCRUMAGAACGUUCAUCACCAGCGACUUCAUGACCGGGAUACCUGCCACGCCCGGAAACCACAUCCCCGAGGAGGUGGUGCUGAAGAUGGUGAAUGAGAUCAAGAAGAUCCCUGGCAUCUCCCGGGUGAUGUUUGACCUGACCUCCAAACCUCCGGCAGCCACAGAUGGGAGUAGAGCUCAUUCCAACUGUAAACUGAAGGCCAAGCCUAACCUGAGCGGGUACAAGAACGCGGAGAAGAAAAAGGUGGUUGUGGGAGGGAUGUUUCCCGUUCACCACCGCAUCGCCUCAGCCGAUACCAACACCUCCCCGGUGCCGACGAUGCUCUUCGCCAUUGAUGAGAUCAACAAGCAAACAGACCUCCUCCCUGAUACAGACCUGGGCUAUGUCAUCUAUGACUCCUGCGUCACCAUCUCCAAGGCUGUGGAGGGCACCCUCACCUACCUGAGGGGGGAGCUUUUUGACGUUCUCCACACCAAAGAACCUUUAUUCUUCCUGAACGGCUACUAUGACAUCAUUAACUUGCAAGUGAAUGGUGACGGUAAGACCUCCUACGUGACGAUUGGCCAGUUCAACAGCACAGCAGCCACAGAGGCCAUGAUGACCAUCAACAAGGCAUCCAUAGUGUGGAACAAUGAUAAGCUGGAGAUGCCAGGAAGUGUGUCCAGUGAGGACUACUGGUCUAAUGCGGCCCGAGAGGCCUGCAUCCCAAACCAUAGAGUUCCUGGACUUCAGUGA